AUGCGGAAGAUGCUCAAACGAGAUGCUACUGAGCUUGGGAGCCCCGACGAGGUGCCCAUCGCGAAAAGGCAGAGGGUAUCUCUCUCCAGAACGCAUGAGCUAAGUGAGGAGCACUCUCAAGAUUUUCUCAAAUAUAUGGAGCACGCCGAGACGAUGCUCGACAUGAGGCGCUUCCCGGAUGGAAUAAGAGAAAUGAGACCGGACAUCGUCCGACAUCUCCAAGUGGCUCAUGCUAUGCUUGGCCUACUUCCAGAAACGCUGUUUUUAUCGGUCAACAUUGUCGACAGGUUCUGCUGUGAACAAAGCUUCUGUGGGGAGGCAUACUACAAGUUGAUCGGCUGUACUGCCUUAUGGAUUGCGUCCAAGUACAUUGAAGAAAAGGGGCGGGUGCCAUCUCUCAAGCGGCUUAUGCAAUUCAUUCCCGAAGGGUAUUAUCGAGACGAGAGAUUCUUCAUCCGGUUAGAAAUGGACAUUCUUACUGAACUGAAGUGGCGCGUCAACCCGCCAAACUCAUAUUGCUUCAUUCAGCUUCUUGAGAUGGACGACGAUAACGAAGCUGCAGUGAGGGAGUUGGCAGUGGAUAAUUGCAAAGCCAACUUGGCUACAACGAACUGA